ACGACGACGACGACGACGACGACGACGACGACGACGACGACAACACCGGCAGAAUCUUGGGGCGUCCCUAACACCAGCCUCAACCAUCUCCUCGUACGACUUUUUUGAGCAACACCUUCAGCUGGAUCACAACAACAACAACGGCAACAACAUGGCCGACUCUGGCUGGCUGCGGUUUCUGGGCGGUACUCGGGCUCGUACAUCCAGAACUCUUGCUUCGCCUCGCUCGGAACCUGCCCUUCGCUUGCUCCAUCAGAACAGCCAAGUUGCCGAUGAUUCGCAUGGUCAACAGCGCAAGGCUAUCUCCCGUCUGUCAAGCUGGCAUGGUCUAAUGGUAGCCACCUCUGUGACCGCAAAGGGGAAUGACGAGCCGAGCAACCACGUUACCGGAGAAGAGGAAAUGGUCUGGCAUAACCCGUCUAUUGAUCAGAUGACAGAGGCCUUGCGUGUCGCCAUGAUGACAAAAUCAGUCGUCGAGCGGUUACCCAUCGAAUAUUGCUCGCACAUUAUGCAUCUUAUUGAGGGGUAUAGCAUCAUCAAGGAGAAAACAAAGGCAGUCGAGAGGGAGCUAGUAGAGACGAAAGCCCUACGUCAAGAGGAGUAUGAUGAAUACAGGUCAAAGCAGGAGGAUUGGAUGAUCCGAGAAGCCAGGUACAAGGCUGAGGUCAAACGCCUUGAGGUGUUUAUCCAUCAGACAUCGGAUACUGGCCUUGAGGCUGUGGCACUGGCCAGAUCUGGCAGCCUCCUCAGGGCUGAGAGGAAUAUCUCAGCAGAGUUUAAAGUUUCGCGGCCACGAAUCGUGGAUGCCAACAGCGAUAUCAGACUGAGUAGGCGACUCAGGCGGCAUAUGACCGCAGUUUCUCAGGGACAACGUCAUGCCCAUCACAGUGAGGAGUGUGCAAGCACAAAAACAAGCAUUCAUGUCGAAGCAUUUGAAGAUACCCCAUUAUCGGCCUCGUUAAGCGCUGGAGACAUGUCUCUGCAUGAAGGCAGUGAGGAUAUCAAAGAUUCAAGCAACUUGGGUGCACCUCUAGACCACCGAGGCCGUUCUGAUUCGCGGUCAUGUUCGGAAAGUCUGAACGAUAGACAAGAAGCCAAGGCGCCGCGUGCUCGCCAUCGCCGACAGUUCUCGUUCGUGCCAGGGGAUGACAUGUCGGCAGUGCCAGGCCUCACGGCGGCCAGUACAACCCCGAAAGGACGUCACAGGGGGGAUGAGACACAAGCGGCGUCCGGACGCAACCAUAAACGCAACCACGGACGGCUGCAUAAGUCCAGGCCAUCGGAGGGGAGGCCGGCUACCGAGAACAAUACGGACACUAGUAAGCCUCUUGACGGCGAAGGAACGGCAGAGCGGAGCAGCCAGUGA